AUGGACGAGUGGAUUGUAUCCUCUGUCGAUCUUGGUGGGAUGGUUGAAGUGGAUGAAAACUCUCUUCAACAAUCUAUGGAUAAAAAUAAAGAAGACACAAAGGUAGAUCGGAGCUUGCAAGAAAAACAGAGGCAACUAAGAAAGGCCCACUUAGCAGAUGAUUUAAAUGAUCGUCUCUCACAUCGUCCAGGCCCAUUGGAGUUAAUCAAAGGCAACAUUCUUCAGGCUGAUGAGAAGUUUACACAAGCAGUCAAAGAGGGGCAGAUUCCAUUCAAGAAAACAUGUGAAGGGGAGAUUUGUAAACACCCACCAGCUAGCUUUAGGAUUGAGGAAGACAGCAGCAGUGAAGGAGCCCUUUCUCCACACCAAGAUAUCAGUGACCAAUCACAGAACAGUUUCACACCUUUAGAAACAAGUCAGUCUUCACCUCUUGCCAAUGUAGAAUUUAAAGAUUCCAAGGAUGACACUCAACUGACUUCCCUCUCUUCUUCCUCUAGCUCAGCUGUUUCACCUGCCUGGUCUCAAACUUUCAACCUUCCCAUUAGCCAUAUUCAGUCACCCACUCGAACAGUUUUUUCCAUUGCUGAUCAGAAAUUCAGUCCACCAGUUAGCCAGAUUCGGUCUCCCUCACAAACAAGCUUUCCUUCUGCUCGGCAUCAGGAGGAGGGUCGAACCCAGGAGUCCAACAGUAGCUCCAGUAAGAGUCGAAAGAAGUCCAAGUCUAAAUCUCAGUCCAAAACUAAGACCAUUAAAUUUCAUGAAUACAAGGGUCCGCCAAGUGCCCAGAAAUCAACAUCGCCUUCUUCAGCAACUUCUGAAAAUUCCUAUGAAUUGUUACUUCAACAGCAGCAGUUGUUUCUACAGUGGCAACUUGAGUGGCAGCAGAAGUACCCCCAAAUCAUACUUUCUUCUCCCCAGAAUCUCUCUGAGGAUCAUGGUCAGUUCAUGACCACUGGCCAUAUGUAUAUGUCUGGACAAAAUAUGCAUACUCCCAAUCAAGAAAUUAAUCCUAUAUCUCAACGACCACUGAAUAAACUAGAGGACAUGAAAGUGAGUGAUCUGAAGGCAGAGCUGAAGAAGAGGAACCUCCCAGUUUCAGGGGCUAAGCCCCACCUUAUAGAACGACUGAAGACAUAUCUUGAAGGAAGCAACCAGAUAACAACAUCUGGUUCAACAGAGGUUUCAACCACUAGAAGUAACAGUGUCCCUUGUAUGCCCAUUGGUGUUGGAGGUAUAAUUCUAGACACCCUUCCCAGCAUUCCACAACAAACUGUUGCUGACAGUCAGCUGUCUUCAGUUUCAUCUGUUGUUGCUAUGGAUACUACUUCAUCUAUGUCAGUCUUAUCAAGUCCUGAAACUCUCUACAAUACUUCAACUGGUGUAGAGCAGGCGACAGAACCACGCCCUGCUUCAGUUGUGCCAAUGGAUAUAGAUGAUAACUCUACACCAGAUGGAACAAACCAGAUGGCUGAUGUAGAUAUUGUUAAAAUGCAGCAAAGAAGAAUUCAAGAAUUAUACUUAGAAUUGCAAAGAUCUAAACUCCAGCUGCAGCAACAACAGACCAUGAUGCAACACCAACAACAAGCUAUUCAGCCUACAGUAACUGCUGCUGUAGCCAUUCCAAUAACCAAUUCAACACUCCCAUCUGUAGCUGUUACCACAAUGUCUGCAUCAGUUCCAGGAAACUCCCAAGAUCUAAAGCUGAACCAACAUCAAUUGUUACAUCUUCAUCACCAACAAGUUGUAUCAAGUUGUCCAAACAUUCCUCCCACAAACAGUUUGGUGGAAACCAACUUUGGAAGAUUUCUUCAACCCUGCCAUCCAAUUGUUACAAGUGAUCCAAUUCAUCCUUCAUCUCCCACGGCCACAGUCAUGAGCAGUCAACUUGCUUCUUCUCACACGGCCACUGCUACCGAACCAAUAAAUUCAUUCCCAGGAAUCACUCCUGUCAUUUUCUGUCAAACCAGUGAUAUGAGUCCUACCAUUUCAUCAGUUAACAAACAUCAGGCUAAUUCUGUUCCUAAUGGCAUAGGUCACCAAAAGACUACAUCCCUUCCAAACUUUAAUUCAAUGUUGAACAUUGUACAAAAAAGCCCCAGCAAAAUGAGUACAGAACCUCAGUUUUUCAUGACUGUACCUGUACCAGAUCAUAAUGAAGCUGCCAAACAACUGGUUCAUCAUAAACAGUUUUAUCUGACAACUUCUAACCAACAGAGAUCAAAACCUGUCAAAAGCCAAGCUGUUGAUGAUGUCUUGGAAAUCUUGAUUAAAAGUGGAGGUACAGUGUUUCCUAGUCUCUAAUGUUCUAGUAAGAGUAGGUACAGUGUUUCCUAGUCUCUAAUGUUCUAGUAAGAGUAGGUACAGUGUUUCCUAGUCUCUAAUGUUCUAGUAAGAGUAGGUACAGUGUUUCCUAGUUUCUCUAUUGUUCUAGUAAGAGUAGGUACAUUGUUUCCUAGUUUCUA